AUGAUCACUUAUAUUCUGUCAAAGAAUGCUAGUUUGAUAUUUCCAGAUGGUAUACUUAGUUUCGCUAUUGGAAGUGAUAGAGAUGGUAUUCAUAUUGUAACGAUGGAAAAAGAAUAUUAAUCAAAUUUCUACACAUUCACUGGUGUUAUACUCAAUAAAGAACGCUGGUAACUAACGUAAUUUUCACUGAAGGCAGUUCAAGACAAUAUUCUAAACUUUCUGGAUUUAGAAGAAGAGUCUAUUAUAUUUCCACUGCAAGACUAUGAUUACGAAAACAAUCCAUUUGCUUUGAUUAAAGAUAAAAAAUCUAUAAGCUACCUGAAUCUUAAAACUUUUACUAAGGUCUUCAUUGUUAAUUCUUUGAAUAUUUUGCCCAACCGGUAUUCCUUAUGUUAAUACCAAGAUGAUACUGAUGAAGAUGUUAAACGAGGAUCUCAUAUCAAAUUAUUAGACUUACAAAACAAAGAAGAUAAGAAUAAGAAUCUCUACUACUGUCUUGUUAGAGACAUAAAAAUAGUUAGACCUGGAUGA